AUGCAAUUUGAUGAUGAUGACGAUGAUCCGUUGCAAUCUUCUACGGAGGUUGAGGGAAUGAGAACGGAGGCCUUCUUUGAUAGUUUUGGGAAGCAUUGGUGUACCCCAGUCAAAAUACCACACCUAGGUUCUAGUGCUCGGGCCCUUGAUUUCUGCUCAAGUGGACCAUUUUUCGGCUUUGAUGAUGAUGACGAUGAUCCGCUGCAAUCUUCCACGGAAGUUGAGGGAAUGAGAACAGAUGCCUUCUUUGAUAGUUUUGGGAAGCAUUGGUGUGCCCUGUUUGUGGGGUCUCUCUCAUAG